AUGUCGAAGGAUCACACCAGCAACGAGUCCACACCUUUUCUCUCUCGGAGCUCUCACCACUCUUCCACAACAGCAAUCAAUGAUGUUGCCUCUGAUUCGUCGACGAAUCAUCAUGAUAUUUUCGUAGUGGCUCUCUAUUCACGAUCGGGUCCAUGCCUUGAAAAUAAUUAUAAUGCCACUCCCUUCAAUUCGCCCAUUCUUUCACAUGGAAUGGUCAACAGCUCUCCCAUCAUGAUGAAUCAUUCAUCCUCUGCAACAAUCUUACCAUCACUUGGACUCUCGAUGGAAUCUGUCAAGAAGACAUUUCUACAAGUCAUUGAAAAACAACGAAUCAAUCUCAAUCAAUUCAAUAGCAGCAAUCAUGGAUUUAUGACCAUGAAGGUCACUUAUCAAUUGCAAAAUCUGAAUAUUCAUGUCUUGGAACACCAUUACCAAGAUCGAUUUUUCUUUUAUGUAUGUUUGGCACAUUUGAAUGUUCCUGUGAGAGUUUGUUUUGGAUUAUUGGAACGAUGUAAGAAUGACAUGAGAGAGCAAGUCUUGUCAAAAGUUCAAUCAUCUUCUUUCAUCUUACACAAAGAAGACGCCUCUACUCGACAAGUAGUUUCCAAAAUUUUACAAACACAAUUAGACUUUUGUCUUGUCAAAACCAAUGACAAGAUCGUGCUGGUUCAAUCCAAAAUAGAAGAUGUGAAAUCCAUCAUGAUUUCGAAUAUUGACAAACUCAUUUCAAAUAUGGAAUCAACUGCAGAGCUUUCUCAACGAACUUCCGAUUUGAGUCAUGAUUCUCAAACCUUCAUAUAUCAAGCACGGAAAACAAAUCAUGGCAUGCUCUGUCGAGUGUUAAUCAUUUUAGGAGUUCUCCUCUUCAUCCUUAUUGGCAUUAUUGUAUUUAUCAUUUUGAUGGUCAAAUUUGCUUAA